UCCGAUUUCGGAGUCCCCCCAGUUCCAUCCAUCGCAACCCCCGCCGUCACCCAGCGACUCGCACCCACCAAAGGCGCCGAGAUUGGGCGAAUAGCGAGCAAAUACGUCCGCGUUUCUCUACCCGCUCCCCCGCCGACCUCCCCUCCUCACUCCCCGGCGCUGACAGCGGACAAGGCCGAGGUCGUAACAGAGCAGGCCCGGCCGCCGAGGCUCGACCUGUCCACCCCACCUCCGCAUCUCACCACACCUCACCAGCAGUCCAGAACCCGGUUUCCCACCGAGCCGACCCUGGACAAGGUCGAGGGUAACAGAGAAAACAGGGAGCACCGUAUCACAACUACAACAACAACACCGCCUGCCAACAUGAACCACCAUCACCACACGCAGCAGCAGCAGCAGCAACAGAAAGCCGGCGAGCAGCAGCUCAGUGAACCGGAGGACAUGGAGAUGGAAGCUGGGGACACAGAUGAUCCUCCAAGAAUCCCUGCCAACCCGGUGAUCAAUGGUAAUGUGGCUAUGGCAGACGGACACAACAAUACAGAGGAGGACAUGGAGGAUGACACUAGUUGGCGGUCAGAGGCGACCUUCCGGUUCGUGGUGGAACGCUUCAGCCGCCUGAGCGAGUCGGUGCUCAGCCCGUCCUGCUUUGUCCGGAAUCUUCCCUGGAAGAUAAUGGUGAUGCCGCGCUUCUAUCCUGACCGACCACACCAGAAGAGCGUGGGCUUCUUCCUGCAGUGUAACGCAGAGUCAGAUUCCACGUCAUGGUCUUGCCACGCACAGGCCAUGCUGAAGAUCAUCAACCACAAAGAUGACGAGAAGUCAUUCAGCCGCAGGAUCAGUCACCUGUUCUUCCACAAAGAGAAUGAUUGGGGUUUCUCUAACUUCAUGUCCUGGAGUGAUGUGACUGAUCCAGAGAGGGGCUUCAUCGAUGAUGACAAAGUUACAUUUGAAGUCUUCGUCCAGGCAGAUGCCCCACACGGAGUGGCCUGGGAUUCAAAGAAACACACAGGCUAUGUUGGACUGAAGAACCAAGGAGCAACCUGCUACAUGAAUAGCCUGCUACAGACGCUCUUCUUCACCAACCAGCUACGACGGGCGGUCUACAUGAUGCCCACAGAAGGAGAUGACUCCUCCAAGAGCGUCCCGCUGGCACUGCAGAGGGUUUUCUAUGAGCUGCAACACAGUGACAAACCAGUUGGCACCAAGAAGCUCACAAAGUCCUUUGGGUGGGAAACAUUAGAUAGCUUCAUGCAACAUGAUGUACAGGAGCUGUGCAGAGUGCUCCUGGACAACGUGGAGAACAAAAUGAAAGGCACUUGUGUUGAGGGAACAAUCCCCAAGCUCUUCAGAGGAAAGAUGGUGUCAUAUAUCCAGUGUAAGCAUGUGGACUACAGGUCUGAGCGGAUAGAGGACUACUAUGACAUCCAGCUUAGCAUAAAAGGAAAGAAGAAUAUUUUCGAGUCAUUCAAAGAUUACGUGGCAACUGAACAGUUAGAUGGAGACAAUAAAUAUGACGCAGGGGAACAUGGGCUUCAGGAAGCAGAAAAGGGAGUGAAGUUCCUUACCUUCCCUCCAAUCCUCCAUCUGCAGCUGAUGAGGUUCAUGUAUGAUCCACAGACUGACCAAAAUAUCAAGAUCAAUGACAGGUUUGAGUUUCCAGAUCAGUUACCUCUGGAUGAGUUCCUUCAGAAGCCAGACUCCAAGGACCCAGCUAACUACAUCCUUCAUGCAGUGCUAGUCCACAGCGGGGACAACCAUGGCGGUCACUACGUCGUCUAUCUUAACCCUAAAGGAGACGGCAAAGUGAGUGUCAAGGACCCAAUAUGGUGCAAGUUUGAUGAUGAUGUAGUGUCACGGUGCACCAAGGAGGAGGCCAUAGAACACAACUAUGGCGGACAUGACGAUGACCUCUCCGUCCGCCACUGCACCAACGCGUACAUGUUGGUCUACAUCCGUGAGUCCAAGCUCAGUGAGGUGCUCCAGCCGAUGACUGACGUGGACAUCCCCCAGCAGCUGGUGGAGCGUCUGCAGGAGGAGAAGAGGGUGGAGGCGCAGAAGAGGAAGGAACGCCAAGAGGCUCACCUCUACAUGCAGGUCCAGAUGGUGACCGAGGACCAGUUUUGCGGACAUCAGGGCAAUGACAUGUAUGACGAGGAGAAAGUGAAGUACACAGUCUUCAAGGUGCUGAAGAGCUCCACGCUGCAAGAGUUUGUCCAGAACCUCUCUCAGACCAUGGGUUUCCCACAGGACCAGAUGAGGCUGUGGCCCAUGCAGGCUCGUAGCAACGGAACCAAGCGACCUGCCAUGCUCGAUUACGAGGCGGAUUGUAACAAGUCGAUGAUUGACUUGAGUGACAACGAGAAUCCCUGGACAAUAUUUUUGGAGACUGUAGAUCCAGAGAUGGCAGCCAGUGGAGCUACGUUACCCAAGUUUGACAAAGACCAUGAUGUCAUGUUGUUCUUGAAGAUGUAUGACCCCAAAACCAGAAGCUUAAAUUAUUGUGGACAUAUCUACACACCUAUAUCCUGCAAAAUAAGAGACCUGCUGCCAGUCAUGUGUGAGAGAGCAGGGUUUCAGCAGGAAACUAGCCUUAUCCUCUAUGAGGAAGUAAAGCCCAAUCUAACAGAGCGGAUACAGGACUAUGAUGUCUCUCUGGACAAGGCCCUGGAUGAGCUCAUGGACGGGGACAUCAUUGUCUUCCAGAAGGACGACCCAGAGAACGACAGCAGUGAGCUGCCUACGGCCAAGGACUACUUCCGGGAUCUCUACCACCGGGUGGAUGUCAUUUUCUGUGACAAGACCAUCCACAACGACCCCGGUUUUGUGGUCACGCUCUCUAACCGCAUGAACUAUUUUCAGGUGGCUAAGACUGUAGCGCAGAGGUUGAACACAGAUCCCAUGCUACUGCAGUUCUUCAAGUCACAGGGGUACAGGGACGGUCCAGGGAAUCCUCUCAGACACAACUAUGAGGGAACGCUGAGGGACCUGCUGCAAUUCUUCAAACCUCGGCAGCCCAAGAAACUCUACUAUCAGCAGUUAAAGAUGAAGAUAACAGACUUUGAAAACAGGAGGAGUUUUAAAUCCAUAUGGCUCAACAGCCAGUUCAGAGAGGAGGAGAUUACUCUUUACCCUGACAAGCAUGGCUGUGUGCGGGACCUUUUGGAAGAAUGUAAAAAGGCUGUGGAGCUGUCUGAAAACGGCUCUGAGAAGCUCAGGCUGUUAGAGAUAGUAAGCUAUAAAAUCAUCGGAGUUCACCAGGAGGACGAGCUGCUAGAAUGUUUAUCUCCUGCUGCCAGCCGCACCUUCAGAAUAGAGGAGAUUCCUUUGGACCAGGUGGACUUGGACAAGGACACUGAAAUGCUAAUCCCUGUUGCUCACUUCCAUAAGGAGGUCUUUGGCACCUUUGGGAUUCCCUUCUUGCUCAAGAUUAGACAGGGUGAGUCAUUUCGGGAGGUGAUGAGGAGAAUCCAGACCAUGCUGGACAUCCAGGAGAAAGAAUUUGAGAAGUUCAAGUUUGCAAUUGUGAUGAUGGGUCGGCAUCAGUACAUCAAUGAGGACGAGUAUGAGGUCAACCUGAAGGACUUUGAACCACAGCCAGGUAACAUGUCCCACCCGCGCCCCUGGCUCGGGUUGGAUCAUUUCAACAAAGCUCCAAAGAGAGGUCGCUACACCUACCUGGAGAAAGCAAUCAAGAUCCACAACUAAAGCAGCCCGCCUACCCCCCUCUCUCUUUGUCCUCCUCAUCCUGUCCUGCGCCACCUUCCUCCCUACCUACUUUAACAAACCAUAACCACAGACUGUAACCAACCGUGUGUGUGUUUGUGUGAGAGAGAAAGACUGAGCGUGUGCUUGUGUGUGUGUGUGUGUAUGUAUGUGUGUGUGUGUGUGUGCGCGUGUGUGUUCAUCACUUUUAACACCCCGCCUGGACACCUCUAAAGCUCUACACCGGCUAUGUCUUCAGUGAUUGGGAUCUUGCUGCAGCUGGAUUAUUCUUCAACCACAAAAUAAACUGCACCAACCACUGACUGUUUAUUUUGUUGUACAUUUUCUUUCUUUCUUUGUUUUCUUAAAUCGUCUCCCUCUAUGUUUGAGGCUGUUCGGUUAUCUUUUUUUUUUUUUUUUUUCCUGGCUUAUCUGCCUGUUGACUGCUUUUUGUUGUCUGUUCCAAAAUGGGAGAAAUGAGAUUGGAUUUUAUGGUUUAAAAAAAAGUGAAGACGACAGGAACUGGGAUACAGUAUACCGCCCUCAUUGACAGCUUUGUUUUUCCUUCAGAUGUUUGAGGGGGUGUUUUUAAAUAAAGUUGUUUAGAGAGGCCUGAUACUGCUGUGUGCAGAGGUUAAUGGAAGUGUUGUUUGGGGGGGACUAAGUCACAACAUGAGGGAGACUGCAGACGGUCAUUUUAAAGAAGCUGUUUUGCCAGCGUAGCUGCAGCCUGGCAUCCACCAUGAAAUUCACUAGUUUCCCUGAUGAGGUUCUUUGUUUUUUGCUCCCAUCCCUAUAGAGCAAAAAAAAAAAAAACAAAAAAAAAAAACAGUGUUUCCAAGUUUACACACAGUUCUUUUUCCACUUAGAUGGUGGGGAGGAAAUAAUUUUUUUUUUUUUUUGUCUCUUUCUGCAGACCUUGUAUUAUAAAAUGAAUUAAAAAAAUCUGCAAAACAGCAUCUGUUUAAAAUAAAUGGGGAAAAAUAAGAUUUGUCUGUAUUUCCUCUUGAACGUUGGAAAUUAAGUUUCUCAGGCUUGGCAAAAGUACUUUUUGAUUGUGAGGUGCUUGGUGACAUUCAUGCACACAGACACACACACACACACACACAUUACCCCCUUGAUGACUUUCUCUUGGUUUUCUGGGGUUGUUGCUAAUGGUUUGUCCCAUCCUCUCAGUCAUUCCUCUUGUAAGACACACACACACACACACACACACAAGCUGCAACUUCUUUCCCAUUUGUUUUUUCUUGAUUGAAUCUGUCGCCCCCACGUGGUUGGGAGCAGUAACUGCGCUGUGCUUGGUAGGGAGCUGCAGACACUUAGAGCCCCACUGGUUUGAGGAUUGUGUAGAGACAAAACCAGCAUUGUAAGAAACACUUUAAGCCCUUUUCUUUGGUUUCUUUUUUCUUUUAAAGCACAGAUGGAAUGCACCCCAAAUAGCGCAUAGCUGGCUCUGUACAGACAACAUUUAAGAAUUGUAUAUUUAAAAAUAUGAACGUGUAAAAAGUAUGAGAAACACACGCCUUUGUUGUUGGGUACAGAUGGAGCCAGGUGUUCAUAUUUCUUGUGUGUAGGUUUUUUUUUUUUUUUGUUUUUUUUUUGCGUUCCUGAUGUACCAUUGAGUUCUUUUUUCUGUUACAUUUGGAUUGUUUUUCUUUUAAAAACUAACUGCAUUGGUUUGUCUCGUUAAGAAGUGCAGUACAAAGAUGACCUGCAGAAUCACACCUUAAUUUGACCUUUUCCACUUUAAAAUCCUCAGUGUAGCAGCAGUGUACGACAACUAUUCCUGUAUAUUGCCUUUUUGCUGGAAAAUGUAUGUUGAAUAAAAAUUUUCUAUAAAAACAAA